AUGGGACGCCGUGCACCGGUACUCGAAGCGGCGGUGGCCUCGCUGACGGCCGAUGGCGUCACGGCAACGUAUGUUGCCGGUGACGUGCGCAAGCCGGAGGAUGCGAGCGCGGCCGUCGCCAUGGCCGUCUCGACGUACGGCACCUUGAACGUCUUGGUCAACUGCGCCGCGGGCAACUUUCUCAGCACGGCGCAAGACCUCUCGACGAACGCAUUCCGCACCGUCCUCGACAUUGACACGGUCGGCACGUUCAACAUGAGCCGCGCGGCCUUUCCGCAUCUGAAAGGAGACGGGGUUGUGCUCAACAUUAGCGCCAAUUUGCAUCUGUACGCAACGUGGUACCAGGUGCAUGCGUCGGCGGCCAAGGCGGCCGUCGACUCGAUCACGCGGUCGCUUGCGCUCGAGUGGGGUCGCUACAACAUCCGCGUCGUGGGCAUCGCGCCCGGGCCGAUCGCCGACACGCCGGGCAUGAACAAGCUCGCAGGCGAUGCAGCCGAAGACAUGAUCAAGGAAGUGACCGCGCUGCGCCGCAUGGGCACCAAGCUCGAGAUCGCCCACCUCGCGGUCUUCCUUGUCUCGAGUGGCGGUGCCAACAUCACGGGCCACACGAUCGUCUCGGACGGCGGCCAGCACAUUUACCGGGAGCCAGGCAUGCCCGCCGAGAUGGUGACCGAGUGGAGCCGUCGCCGGGAGGCACAGGUGAAGAGCAAGCUCUGA